UUGUGCCUGAUAAUGCAUAAAAACCCAGCCCUUGCAAUGGUAAAGUGCUGAAGCAGAGACAUACCAAACUUCUCCAGAAGAGUCCAGAUGGCUUCCAUCCCGUGCCUUACGCUGCCCUCUGGGAGGAAGAUGCCUCAGCUUGGACUGGGGACCUGGCUGUCUCCUCCAGGUAUUGUUCAAGACGCCAUUGAAGUAGCAGUCGUCAAUGGAUACCGCCAUAUUGACUGUGCUCAUUUGUAUGAAAAUGAGGAGGCAAUCGGUGAAGGACUUCAUAGGGUCCUGAAGAAAGGUCUAGUGAAGAGAGAAGACCUUUUCAUUGUUAGCAAGCUGUGGAAUGGUUCCCAUGAACCUCACCGUGUGGAGGCAGCUUGCAGGAAAUCCAUGAAGGAUCUACAACAGGAUUAUCUGGAUCUAUACCUAAUGCACUCGCCAAUGGGCUCCAAGUUCGUCGAGGGGGAACUUAUGCCACAGAAGGAUGGCCAAAUGCUGGUGACUGAUGUUGAUUAUGUGGACACAUGGAAGGCCAUGGAGAACUUGGUGGAUAAAGGCCUGGUGAAAAGCAUUGGGGUGGCCAACUUUAAUUCGUGUCAACUGGAAAGACUGUACGCUGCAGCAAGAAUUAAGCCUGAUCUCUUCCAGGCGGAGCGGCAUGUCUACCAGAUUCAGUGCAAGCUGAUUGCCCUCGCCAAGAGCAAAGGGAUGGUCUUCGAAGGAUACAGCCCCCUGUGCAGCAUCCAGAGUCCUUUCCUUGACCACAAACUGGCUCCCAAGAAUGGCAUGGAAGACCCAGUGGUGAAAGAUAUUGCGAAGAAGCACGGGAAAUCUCCUGCUCAGAUUAUGAUCCGGUUUAACAUACAAAGUGGAAUAUCCACUAUUCCAAAGAGCCAAACGCCUGCUCACAUCAUCGAGAACACCAAGGUCUUUGAUUUCUGCCUCACAGAUGAAGAGAUGAAAAAGCUGGAAUCCCUCCAUUACGGGGCCCGAGCUGUUCCCUGGGACCUCAUGGGGUUGGGCAAACAUAAGCACUACCCUUUUAACAAGAAUGAGUAAUUGCUCAAGCAACAGCAUGCAUUCCCAAAAUCUUAAAGGCAUAGAAUCCGCAAAGUCAGCUUUUUGCAUUUCAUAUCUCGCUCAGCCAAGUACAGUUUGCUAGCUCAGCAGCUACUGAUCUUCUCUGGUGAUGAGACAGCAGCAAAAUAAUAAGCAGUGGCCAGAGACCUGGUUUGGGUCUACAGGAAGAUUCGGAAGGGGAUCGGGUGUGCACCCAACGUUCACCUGACCCUGAAGUCUGCCUACAUGGACCUUUCCGUCCUCUAAUCCAUCCAUACAGCACAUCAAAGUGGGACGGCGCGAAUUCCACUGGGAGCUCUACAGUGUUGAGGCCAAUGUGUUCCUGGGCAAUAAGGAUCUUUCUUUGAGAUUUUUCUUCAACCUGCAAUUUAGUAUCAAAAUGCCAAAUUUUCAGAGCAGGAAGAAGCAGCUAAGCAAACACAACCAAAGAAAUACACAUUUUGGAAGAGGAACUUGAAAAGAUAGCUUUUAUAUACACAAGCUGAGCUUGCUUUUUUCUUUUUUAAAGCUCAAUUGCAUUUUCAUAUGAUGGUAACAAAUACGCAGCAAGUUAUCCACCCCGCUCAAUAAAAUAGCUACCUUUGCCAAA